CCAACAUACUCUUGAAACGAUGAUCAGGGGUAGACACCUUACCACUCUCUUCCAGAGGUCUUUUUCAUCCACCGCUGCGAUAUUUGACAUUCCUACGUAUCAUGUUGCGAUAGUAGGAACGGGACCAGCAGGGUUCUACACUGCUCAUGAACUUCUUCAGAAAUCACCAAGUACAGACAAAUAUCGUAUAUGUCUUGACUUUUUCGAGAAAUCCCCCACUCCGUAUGGACUCAGCCGAUAUGGAGUAGCACCCGACCACCCCGAGGUGAAAAACUGCGAAGAAUACCUUGAUAAUAUAAUGAAGAAAUUCCAUCGUGGUGACCAACAAGAAGAUUCGCAUUCUGUGCGCUUCUUUGGUAAUACUGAAAUAGGUCGUGAUGUCUCACUUCAAGAGCUUGAGCAGAGAUACCAUUCUGUAGUGUUAUCCUAUGGGUGUACAAGUGCUGAUAAUAAGCUUGAUAUUCCUGGUUCUGAUCUUCCAGGAGUUAUUUCAGCGCGUCAAUUCGUCAAUUGGUACAAUGGUCAUCCUGACUAUCAUUCACAAAACUCAACAUUUGUACCCCCUCCAUUGGACAAAAUAGAAAGUGUAACAAUUGUGGGUAAUGGAAAUGUUGCAUUGGAUGUUGCCAGAGUCCUUUUGGCUGAUCCAGAGACUCGUUGGCUGAACACAGACAUUUCAACCACCGCUUUGGGUAUGUUGAGGCAAAGUACGGUGAAGAAAGUUCAAAUUGUGGCUCGUAGAGGACUUUUAGAAUCAUCCUUUUCUAAUAAAGAAAUCAGAGAAUUGCUUGAACUUUCCAAUGACAAGCUCCGGUUCAUCCCAAUUGACGAAAACAUAUUAGAACCAAUUAGACCAAUUGCGAAAAAAUUGGGUAGAAUAGAGAAAAGAAGAUUUUCCCUAUUAGAAAAGUAUUCUAAAUUAUCCGAAUCAAAAGAGAACGAAUCCUUUUCCAAGUCUUGGACGUUAAAGUACUUACGAACUCCAUUAGAGAUUAUUAAACUGGAGAGCAAUGACCGAUUGGUUUCAGAAAUGAAGGUUGGUGUCAAUGCCAUCGAAGACUCUAAAAUUAAAUCUACACUGGAAGUUGAACUGAUUAAGAAUGAUUUGAUUAUUUUAUCUAUUGGCUACCAAGGAGCACCAUUACAGGAAUUUAAAGAUCUUGGAAUAUGUUUUAAUAGAAACAAAAUUUUGAACAAGGAGGGGAGAAUAUUGACUACUAAGGAGUCGGAAGUGGUAUUACCUGGUUGGUAUACUUCUGGCUGGAUCAAAAACGGCCCCAAAGGUGUAAUUGCCACUACAAUGAUGGAAUCAUUCGAAACAGCUGAUUGUGUCAUUGAGGAUUUAAGUAGGGACGUUUUCACGAGGGGAGAUGUCAACGAUAAGGUGGGAAUUGAUGACAAAUUGCUCAAGAAAUCUGUCACAUGGGAUCAAUGGGUUCAUAUAAACAAUCGUGAAAGGGAGUUGGGUGAAAAGACCGGUAAAAUCGAUUCUAGAACAAAGUUGGAAAGUAUUGAAAGUCUUCUAGAAGUUGCUCGUCAACAACAAUAA